UUAACUUCUUUCAUUUUCAUCCACAGACAUCCGCUGAGUGGCGCUGCAAGACUGCUCAGACAUGGAGGAUGAAUUUGACCCUUAUGGGCUACCCCCAGAGGUGACCACUCCCCCUCAUGGGCUGAUAGGAAUGCUUGGACUGGAUAUAACCAACAAGUCAACGCACAAGGCAGUAUGGGAAGCCUUCUCCCUCAACCGCAGGACAGACCGCACGCCCCUUCACUUCAGGCACCUCUCGAGUGACUUCCAGAUCCCUCCCAUGAAGCAGAAGCGUCAGUCCUAUGAGUGGUACAUUCCCAAGGGCAUUCUGAAGGCAAACUGGAUCACCAAGUACCUCUACAACAUUCCCGCACUUAUUGUCCUCUUCUACGACCUUGACUGGAAUGACACCAACUGGGGUGAGAAGAAGACCGAACUGGCCGCCAAGGUGCAGACGCUCAAGACAGUGCUUAGUGGCCGCAAUACCCGCGUGGCACUGGUGCUGAUCCAGAGUGGCAUAAGUGUGCCAGGAGAGGACACUGGAGCGGCAGAGAAGGCAGCAACACUCUGUGCCGCCUGUGACCUCCCUGCCAAGCACCUGUUCGUGCUGCCCCAUUCUGACGCACACCUCCUGGGCUACACAGUGAGGUAGGUCGGGGCUAAAGCCA